AACAGGCUGUGGCUUCCAUCUACAAAAUGGCAUCCAGCACAGUGUCGAUGAUUGUUUCUGAGGUCUGCAGCGCGUUGUGGGAAGCACUCCAACCAGAUUACCUGCCAUGUCCUUCAACUAACCAGUGGGCAGUCAUCGCAGCAGAUUUUUGGUGUCUUUGGAACUUCCCAAACUGUGUGGGGAGCCUGGAUGGCAAACAUGUGACCAUCAAAGCCCCACCAAAUGCAGGGAGUGACUACUUCAAAAUUACAAGGGCACUCACUCCAUUGUGCUGAUGGCAACAUGUGAUGCCAACUAUCGAUUUACGAUGGUGGACGUCGGUGGGUAUGGACGGGAAAGUGAUGGUGGUGUGUUUAAAGAAAGUGACUUUGGUUCAACACUCCUGAACAACAAGUUGAACCUGCCACCUCCUGCGUUUCUCCCUGGAACCAGGACUGAAGCACCACACGUGCUAGUUGCUGAUGCUGCCUUCCACCUGCACAUCAACAUAAUGCGACCUUUUCCAGGACAUAAUUUGGACAAGGAUAAGCUUAUCUUCAAUUACCGCCUUUCCAGAGCCCGGCGUGUCAUUGAGAACAGCUUUGGGAUCCUAGCAGCGCGUUGGCGAAUUCUUGGGAGGGCCAUCGAGUUCCACCCAGAUAAAGCGGUCAAGGUUGUGAAGGCGUGUGUGGUUCUCCACAACUACCUGGCAUACAGUGACAAUGCGAACACACCAGAGAGCCGAUACAUCCCACCCACUUUUGCUGACAGCGACUCGGCAGGAGUGGCGCACCCUGGAGAUUGGCGGAGAAUGGUGGAGGGUGACUCCAAUCUGCUACCGGUCAACACAAAGAUGAUGAGCAAGAGCCGCUCAAACAGGAAUGCCGUUUGUGUGAGAAAUGAACUGGCACAAUUCUUUUUGUCACCAGCAGGAGCUGUGUCCUGGCAGGAGGAGACUGUGUCACGUGGCACACUCGCAGACUAGAUGUUGUCCAUCGUAAUCAGUGCCUGGUGGUACUGUUCUGUUUUCUUUUUAUUGCUGUUCACCAGGUCCAUUUUUCUGGUGCUUUGUUAACUGAUGUUUACAUGAUUGUACAGCUCAUAUGUUGUUGUGCAAGUGCUAGUUGAAUUAACUACAAAUUGAAGCUGAGUGAAUAAAACCUUUAAAAAAUCUCAA